UUUUUAAACAAAUUAAAUAAAUAAAUACUUAUGAAAUUCUUAUAGCGAUACAAGUGAAGUACUUUUGCAAUAGGUUUUAUGUCGAUUUUAUCUAAACAAAAUAUUAUAAGAUAUCAAAAACCAUUGUGAAAGUGGCUUCGUCUCUCAAAGAAAAAAACCUGCACAAAAAUCAAUGACUUGCCAGGAAAAUAGCAAUUAAGAUUAUAGAAAAAAAACAAAUUCCUACUUUAAUUAUAAAAUAGUAAAUAAAACAAACUGAUAGUUUAUAAGUAUUCUGAAAUUAAAACGUAAUAAUGGACAUCAAGGAGUCGAACAAUAAGGCGAACAAACAGGCGACUAGCUCUGCUAUGGCCGGUCCCGAGAGUAAGAAGAUCAAAUUGCAAACAUCGCCGGCAUCAGCUAUGGAUGAUCAUGCCAAGGCAAUGAAAGUGGCUGGCUUUUCACUGAGUGCCAUUGAGGAAAUGCGCAGUCGUGCUGACGAAGAUAGCAAUAGCCAAAGUUUGGAUCAACAAUUGCGUCAUUUUCAAGUGCUCGAUGAAGUUGGCUCCAAUUCAGAGGACGAGGAAGAGUAUAAUGGCAGUGAAAUUGGUGAUGAUGUUGCUCGACAAAAUGGCGAGGACGAUGGUGGGGAUGAAUCGUCUGAAUUAGACUUAGAUGAUGAAGAAAUUGAACAUUUGCUAGAUGAAAAUUUACCAGACGACUUGAAGGUUUCAAAGAAACCCAAAUAUGAAGAACGUUUUAAAACUGUUUUGGAAGAAAAACGUAUAAAUCAUUUUGAAGUCCUGCCCGAAGGUUGGGUACAAGUGACACACAACAGUGGCAUGCCGUUGUACUUACAUAAAAAGACUAGGGUAAUAACCACAGCUAGGCCAUAUUUUUUGGGUACCGGAAGUGCCAGGAAACAUGCCAUACCAGUGGGUUCUAUACCAUGUCUUAACUACAGACGUGCUUUAGACGAGGAAACAGAAGCCGAACGUAGAAAAGCUGAAAAUGCUGAACAUGAUGAUAAUGAAACAGAAGUUACUUCCACAGAACCAACUACCAGCACUUCUUCUACUACUACCACUACUCUUUCUAAUACUAAUACUACUAUGCCAGCACGUUGCCCUUUUGGUUUUACUGCAAAUAAUAAUGAUAUUACCACCAGUCCCACACAAACUACAACAGCAUUAUCUUCCUCAGAAUCAUCGUCUGCCCCCCCGACAAAUACUCAACCAGAACAAAAUGGUUUGCCCGCGAAUAAAGAAAAUUCCACUGAUACCGCCACUCAAUCCACCUCAACAACAAAUCCCCUUGACAAAGAUAAAUUACGUAGUUUAGUGCCUGCUGCCAAAAUUGUUACUGUCAAUGAAAACAUACAAAAAGAAUCUCUUACACCCGAUCAAUUUAAUCAGUAUUGUAAUAAACUAUUCAAGUUCCGCGUUAUACGUGUUUUACGCUUUCGUUCUUGGAAUGCCCGGCGUAAAUUUACUAAAAAUCGCAAAAAUCUUAAAAACAUCCAAAGACCCACUCUGCCCGAUGGCACAAAACUCAUCAAGUUUCCUGUCUUAGUUCCUGGCGAUGGUAAAUCAAAUCCUCGCGCUCGCCGAGAAUGGAUUAUGAAUCCUAGUGGCAAAAGUUACGUGUGUAUAUUGCACGAAUAUGUACAACAUGCUCUAAAGAAACAACCCACUUAUGAAUUCAAAGAGUUGGAAAAUGCUGCCACACCAUAUGCUGCCACCGUUUCGAUAAAUGACUUAAAGUAUGGUACCGGUUAUGGUACUAGCAAGCGGCAGGCUAAGUCAGAAGCAGCAAGAGAAACACUUGAAAUUCUAAUACCAGAAAUGAAGGAUAAAAUCACGGGUGUAAAACAGGAUAAAAGUGCGGUGGCGAAAAGUAAUCAAAAGGAUUUAUCGGUCUUCGAUGACAUACGAAUAGAAGAUCCACGCGUUACUGAAUUUUGCAACAAAACCACUGAACCUUCUCCUCAUGCCAUACUCUUGACCUGUUUACAACGAAAUUUUGGCUUAGGCGAAGAUGUGCAAAUAAACUAUGAAAUAAAUCGUACACACAACAAAAAGAAUGAGUUCACCAUGACGGUGGGCAAGCAUACGGCCAAAGUUUUAUGUAAAAAUAAACGUGAGGGUAAACAACUUGCCUCCCAAGCCAUAUUACAAAUUUUACACCCACAUAUUAAAACUUGGGGUUCUCUGUUGCGCUUGUAUGGCAACAAUUCCAUUAAGACGUUCAAAGAGAAGAAACAAGAGGAACAAGAAAUUACCGUCUUGCAAAGCAAAGCUGCCAUCAAUCAACCAAAUCAUGCCAUCUUGGAAAAGCUACGCAGUGAAAUGUUGAAAUUAAGUGAAAAGAACCGAUCUGUACUGAGCAAAGGAACAUUUAUACCACCAAGUGAUGUUGAUUUACCAUCAUCAUCUGGUUCUAAUCUAAAUAAUGUUGAACUCUAGAAGCAAUCAAUGACACAAAUGACACUAGUUUAUAGCUGAAGACGAUGAGACAAUGCCAUUACAAGAAAUGAUCAAAGCAAUACAUAAAUAAACAAAUAAUCCUCAGUAUGAUUUUGUUUAAGUAUAGUGAAUAUUUUAUUAUAUGUAUGUACAAGAAUAUGUUUGUUUAAUGAACAACAGUUCGUUUCUUUUAUUAAACAUAUUCAUUAUUUUUUGAAAUGUGAGAAAUGUGAGAAAUGCUAGUGGUAAUAAAUAUGUUUUGAAAUAUUUUACGGAAAUAAUGUUUGUAUUUAAUCUAAAAUAUUCUGUAAUAAUGUUUAUAAAUAUAUUCUGUAAUAAUAUUUAUACAAUACAUAAUCAUAAACAAAAAUAUAAAAAAAUUUUGACAGAAGUUAUUGAAUACUACUA